CUUAAACUAGUACAUACAAUAUUGGUAAAUGUCUGAAACCACUGGUACAUGUUAUAAAUCAUGUUGUAUUUCAAAACGAUUAGAUGGGAAGUUAGCCAUUGUCACUGGAUCGAACAAUGGUAUCGGAUUAGUGACAGCUGGUGAAUUAGCUCGUCGUGGUGCUCGUGUCAUCAUGGCAUGUCGAAAUAUAGGUAAAGCUGAAGAUGCCAAAAAUAAUUUAUUGGAGAAAUAUGGUGCCGAUAAUCCACAGAGUGUGAACAUUGAUGUAGCGUGUAAACAAGUGAUCUCAUCGUUGAGUCCAAUCUACCGUGAUCAAUUAAUCAUUGAACAACUUGAUUUAGCUUCUCUACAAUCAAUCAGAGAAUUUGCCAGACGUAUAAUAGUCACAUAUCCAGAACUUCAUUUUCUUAUUAACAAUGCUGGUCUUACAGUUGGUAAAUAUGAGAAAACUGUUGAUGGUUUUGAAAUGACAAUGGGUGUUAAUCAUUUUGGAACAUUCCUACUAACGGAAUUAUUAUUACCUUUGAUAAAACGUUCAACUCCAUCUAAAAUCAUUAAUCUUUCAUCAAUGGCACAUUAUAAAGGUCGUUUAAUUAAACCAGAUUUACAGUUAAAAGAGAAUGAAUAUAAUCAGUUAAAUGCAUAUUGUGAUUCAAAGUUAGCCAAUGCAAUACAUGCUGCUGAAUUAGGUGAUAGACUUCAGGACAGUGGAAUAACUGUUGUUAGUGUACACCCUGGUGCUGUAAAAACUGAUCUAGAUAGAGAUAUAAAAAGUGGUGUAAUGAAAUAUUUCAUUAAAGUAAUAAAGCCAUUCUUUAUUGGUCCAUGGAAAGGAGCACAAACUACAUUGUACACAGUGUUGUCAGACAACAUAAUCUCUGGUGGUUACUAUUCAAAUUGUUCAUUGAAAGAACCGUUAACAAUUACGAUUGGGACUUGGCACAGAGCAUGUUGUAUUUCGAAACGAUUAGAUGGGAAGUUAGCCAUUGUCACUGGAUCGAACACUGGUAUCGGGUUAGUGACAGCUGGUGAGUUGGCUCGUCGUGGUGCUCGAGUCAUCAUGGCAUGUCGAAAUCUACGAAAGGCUGAAGAUGCCAAAAAUAGUUUAUUGGAGAAAUAUGGUGCCGAUAAUCCACAGAGUGUGAACAUUGAUAUAGCGUGUAAACAAGUGAUCUCAUCGUUGAGUCCAAUCUACAGUGACCAACUCAUCAUUGAACAACUUGAUUUGGCUUCUCUACAAUCAAUCAGAGAAUUUGCUAGACGAAUCACAGUCAAUUAUUUAGAACUUCAUUUUCUUAUUAACAAUGCCGGUCUUGCAGUUAGUAAAUAUGAAGAAACCAUUGAUGGUUUUGAAAUGACAAUGGGUGUUAAUCAUUUUGGAACAUUCCUACUAACGGAAUUAUUAUUACCUUUGAUAAAACGUUCAACUCCAUCUAAAAUCAUUAAUCUUUCAUCAAUGGCACAUUAUAAAGGUCAUUUAAUUAAACCAGAUUUGCAAAUUCAACCAAAAAAAUAUGGUGAGGUAAAAGCUUAUUGUUCAUCAAAGUUAGCAAAUACAAUGCAUGCUGUUGAAUUAAGUGAGCGAUUGCAUGAUAGUGGAAUCACUGUUGUCAGUGUCCAUCCUGGAGCCGUUAAGACAGAGAUUUUUCGAGAUGUCAAAGACUGUUCACUGAAAUGUAUCAUUGCAAUCAAAUGGCUAACAUUUAUCAAUCCAUGGAAAGGAGCACAAACUACAUUGUACACAGUGUUGUCAGACAACAUAAUCUCUGGUGGUUACUAUUCAAAUUGUUCAUUGAACGAACCGUUAACAAUUGUCAAGAAUAAAGAUGAAAGAAAAUGGUUUUGGAACAAGACAUGUGAACUAUUAAGAAUCGAAAAUACAACAUAGACAAUUGUUACUUUUGACAAAAUCAAGAGUUUAUUUCACAUUUCUAAACUAAUGAUUUUGUUGGUAUUUUGGUUUAAAAGUUGAAAAUGCAUAAAACAAUUCCGAUUAUUGAAGUGGACAUGUUAAGGCUAGUUAUGAAUGAAACAAAUAUACACAUACAUGAAUAUAUAAUAUGCUUAAUAAUCUAUCAAUAUCAGUAGUUUCAAUAAAUAUAGGUGGAACACUCACUAGCAUCUAGAGAAUGAACCAGGAAGCAUCGGUUCAUCUGUGGUCUACUCUUUCUCUCUCUCUCUCUCUCUUUCAUUCUACUCAACCAAUCAAACCAACAGGAAAUGAGUUUUGUAAUGUAUAAGAAUCAAAAUGAAAUGUGAACGCAUCACAGGUUGUUAGAUGUUCGACCGUUAACAACUAGUCUUUCAUACAAAAUCAACAUGCCAUAUCCAUUUAUCCACUCAUUCAUAACAUGGGCGAUGUAAUGAAUGUUACUACCAUCCAAUGAUUAAUCCAUGUAGUUUAAUUCUCUGACUGAUUGUAAAUUCGAUUUAAUGAAAAUGUCAAACCACUGUCAGAUGAGACUAAGUCACACCGUAUUUUUGUUUAUUUAAUUCACUUACAUCAAAUAUGAGCGUCUCCUAGUCUGAAGCUGGUCAGCUUACGGAAUUGUGAGUAACUGGCAUGGACAAAUAUAUACAGGUGAUAGAAUAAAUAGAAGGAUUAAACUAAUCUAUCUGUUCGAAUGUUAGAACAAAUCACGUAAGCGUGUGAUAACAGAGAUUUACUAUCGAAUAUUCAACCAAUAACUAAUCAACGAAUGUCAAUUCAUUUCAUAAACAGCCUUAUCAGAUUGACAAAAUGGUUUCAUCACAAAUAAGACUACGUUGUGAAAACAUUCAUACAAUACAUGAUUGAUCCCCAGUGCAUUAUUUGUCCACGAUCAUAAUGUUUAUUUAAUUAAGUGAUGGAGAUACUAAUGAAACCGUCACUUUGUCAUUUACAUUUCUUAUAAUCAAUAUAAAACAAAGUAGUUACUAGAAGAUAUCUUGAAUAACUCGAUUAUUGCUUGAGAUAUUGAAUAUUAGUGAACUUCGGAAGCUCUCAUUUAUCUUUUAGUGUCAACGUCUUUAGUAUUAGUGUAAGGGUUCCGAUAGCACAACAGGAGUAUCAGUAUAAAUCUCGCAACUGAUAAAUGACGUUUUAUACUAAGUAUUACAUCAUGAAUCUUCGGCGAUGAACAAUGAUUCAGACUGUCUAUUCUACAAUCCAUUUUAUUUUACUAACUAUAGUAGAAAUUGAACUUAACAUAGUUUAAUUAAAAACGAUCGAUUUGAUCAAAAAUAUCAUGAUGUGAACUAAUCC